UUUGCAUCCUGCGGGCAAGAAGCGCGGACGAGGAGUCGAGCGCGCUGGGGCUGAAGUGUUAAGUCUGUUAUCAUGGUGGGUGAAGACAAUAUCUCUGUACGGAAUCGCCGAUCUGCGUACAGCACCACAGAGAAGGACGAUGUGUCACGGAGGCAUGAGGAAGACUGGUCAUUCUCAAAAUUCAGCAAUGGUCGGGUUGAUGUUGACCAUGUGAUAACAAAGAAAAUGCAACUCCUGGCGGAGGCCGAGCGUUUGAAGCCAUCUUUCAUGAAGGGGAUCGACAGUCAUUUUUCAGAGUUCGUAGAUGGCUUGGUUUCAAAGUCAACGCUGCUGGAGUCGUCGAUAUCUGCCUUCCCGACCACAUGUUCAGAGAAAGACGUCUACAAAGCCAAAGACUCGAGAGCACCUCCAGAACAUGGAAAAGUUUUUGUUGUCAGGAAAUCUCUCUUGGAUGAGCUGUUUGAAGUGGAGCACAUCCGAACCAUCUACCAUAUGUUUAUUGCCUUCCUCAUCCUCUUCAUUCUUAGCACUCUUGUGAUAGACUUCAUUGAUGAAGGAAGGUUUGUACUUGAGUUUGAUCUCUUGGUCUACGCUUUUGGCAAGUUUUCUAUUGUUACCCUUACCUGGCUGUGCAUGGCCUUGUCCACUGUGGCUGUACCCUUUGGCCUUUUCUGCCAGUGGGCCCAGGGCUACCACGGUUCCUCCCACAAGACAGUCCGUUCCCUCUUCUUUGGGACACUCUUCAUGCUCUUCCAGAUAGUUGGACUUGGAUUGGGACCGACUUGCGUUGCAUUGUACUAUGAUCUUCCACCAGCCUCCCGGUUCAUAGUCAUUCUUGAGCAGGUCCGUCUGAUUAUGAAAGCACACUCAUUCAUCAGAGAGAACAUCCCCCGCGUACGUUCCUCUCGCCCACAAAAGACAAACUCUGUUCAGAUUCCUCGAUUUUCUCAGUACUUGUAUUUCCUCUUUGCUCCCACCCUGAUUUACAGAGAUGAGUAUCCCAGGACUCCCACAAGACGAUGGAGCUAUGUUGCUACCAAGUUUGCACAGGUACUUGGUUCACUCUUCUAUACUUACUACAUCUUCAUGAGAAUCUGCAUCCCUACGUAUCGGAACUAUAGUCAGGAACCCUUCAGCCCACGAGGACUGGUCCUUUGCAUCUUCCACUCCAUUCUGCCAGGUGUACUGAUAUUUUUCCUGAUCUUCUUCUCAUUCCUCCACUGCUGGCUUAAUGCAUUUGCUGAGAUGCUGCGCUUUGGUGACCGAAUGUUCUAUAAGGAUUGGUGGAAUUCUACAUCGUAUGCAAACUAUUACCGAACCUGGAACAUAGUAGUACAUGACUGGCUGUAUUACUAUGCAUACAGAGACUUCCUUGGGUUCUUUGGGAAAAAGUUCAAAUCAACUGCUAUGCUGUCCGUCUUUGCCGUUUCUGCUGCUGUACAUGAAUACGUCCUGACUGUCUGUUUUGGUUUCUUCUAUCCUGUCAUGUUCUGCCUCUUUAUGUUCUUCGGAAUGCUUUUCAACUUCAUAAUCAAUGACCAACGAAAGGGAUCCAUUUGGAAUGUGAUUAUGUGGACUUCUCUUUUCCUGGGCCAAGGAAUGAUGCUUUGUUUUUAUAGUCAAGAAUGGUAUGCCCAUCGGUAUUGCCCCUUGAAAAAUCCCACUUUCCUGGACUAUCUGAAGCCACGUUCCUGGACUUGCCUCAAAAAGAUAUAAAGUCCUCCAGGCUGAGGCGGGAAGACGGUGACACACCUUGGACCAGUGAUCUAAAUGUCUUGAGCCAUUUAAAAGGGGGGAACAAAUUAGUCUUUAGUUAUGGCAAACAAUUUUUAAAAACCAUCUCUCAAGGCAGCUAAGACUUCAGAAGGCUUGGCAAACGGUUCUCAUUCUGUAAGCAGCUCCAACCUGAGCCACUCCCAUGCUGGUCACGAAACGCGCUGGAAGGUUGGCGAAGGAUUUUCCAGUGACCAAUGUACUUAAUUCCAAACCGUGGUUUGUAUAUGUUGCUACUGUUUGUUUUUUUCCGUCCUGAAGGGGGCAGUAUUAUGCGAUCGGGGUCAGUUUUGCCUCAUCUGAAUGUAACAUUCCUUCUGAAUGAUCUCUCACGCACAGUAUUUGUUUGCGUUCUUGUACUCGUUGGUUCCUUAUUGAUGAUUGAUUGAUUGAUGUAGCCCAGAGGGUCACGAACGUUGGCUUGCCGGCCAGCUUCUCUUUUGUGCCCACUCUCAAGCCCUUGGCAUGGAUGCAAGUUUGUUUUCGUUGGUGCUGUGUGUGGUGUGAAAACAUUAAGGAAUAAAGAAGAGUCCGUCCCGCUGCAUCUUAUCUUCUCUGUACCUCACUACUGAUGAGUGUUACCCAUGCCUCGUUUCUGAGCCCUCUCAAAGCAUUAUGUUCAUACUCUCAGAGGGCUCAAAAGCGAAACAUGGAUAGCAUUUAUUUUCGUUGAAGUACAGGGCAGAGAAGCAGCCGCAGGAGAGAUUGCUCUUUUUUGCUGCCUCCGCACCGUAGCUCAAGAGAGAAUGCAGGAGAGUUGGAGUGGAACAUCCUUGCCCUUGUGAGCUGGUGUGUAAUUUUUUUUGUCAACAUCAGAUGAAGGAGCACCUUUACUUCCUUUCCCAUGGAAAUAGCCAUAAUAUAAGCAUAUGACUGAGAUGAUUCCGGCCACAAGUCUUUGUUUUCUGUCUGCUGCCCGUCAUCGUAGAAAUUCAUACACACUGUAGGAGAGGUGGAACAACUCGGCUUCUAAUGCAGGUUGCUGCUUUUUUUUAAAAAAAACUACUGCUUUGUGAUCGAUGUAUUAUAUGAAAAGAUAUGCCAAACCAUUUGCCUUUAUGUUCUUAUGCUUAAUUUUUUCCUCCUUUUGAAUUGAAAAAAAAUCCCAACUUUAAUGUUUUGAAUGUACCCUUGAGGAAGUUCAUUUUGGAUUUUCAGGCUCUUAACAGUACUAAUAGCAGGGACAGGCUAUUCCCUGCCAUGUUUGUGUUUGGUUUCUUAACUGAGCCAACGCACAGUAUUAUGUUAAGUACCAAAACUAAAUUGUAAAGUAAAAUGCAGGCUUGUGGCAAAGCGAGUAACUUGUCUUCUCUUUGCUAGGAACAGCUGGUAUCUGUAUUCUUGGUGAUCCCGACACAGGUCAGGAAUCCUGUUUAGCAGUACAAGUGUCAGUUUCUGUAAUAAAGUGACCUUUUUUUUAAGGGCUAUUCCACAUAAUGGAUCUCAUGUGUUCAUACUUUCACAAGUGAUCUUCUUUUUCUUCACUGGCUUUUUAAAGUGGAGGAUAGGACCCCCCCACCCAUAUUCAGCAGUGGUAAAUCUCUCUGUACCAGUGCUAGGAGGCAACAUCAGUGGCCUCUGUGGCCUAUUUGUUGGCCCUUCAGGGCAAUUGUGUGAUGCAGGAUGCUAGACCAGCUGGAACACUGUCUGAGCCAGCAUGUCUGCUCUUAGAAUGUAACAAAAAAAGUCUCCCUGAAUUGUGAGUAUCUACAGCUGCUGAAAUUUAGGAGUGGAAUGACUGGUAGAAGGUUUAGAUCACCUUGAUCGGAGUGAGGUAGAGUCACCAACAACCAAAUUCAUCUGCUUUUGCAGGCCGGAGCUGACCCAUGGGACUUCCACUGGGCCCACCCUUGUCCUAUUCUGUCAGUACACCCUUGGUACUGAAGGUUGUUUAUACAGUGAAAUGUAUAACUAUGUUGUUGCAUGUUCCAGUUUUGCUGUUCCUCACUGAUGUUUAGCACCUGAAGGUGGAGGGGUGAUGAUGUAAUGUUGGAAAAAGUAAUAACAUGUGCCAAGUUGAAGCGAUUCCAGUGUUUUUCUUGAAAUGCCAUUUGACUCAGUGGGAUGGACUUGGAAGUUUCAGACCAAAAAUAAUAGACAAAAAUGGUGUCCUUAGAACUGCUCUGGGGGUAAGUGUCUGUGCCACUGCAAAAGAAAAAGAAAAGAAGCAAUAUUCCCUUUAUUGGUGGUCCGUCGAGCUGAUCUGCCCUACAAAAUGACUACUAUUCUGUGGCCAGCCACUCUCAGUAGAGUAUUGUCCCCAAUCAAUCUGUAGUUUUACAGUGCAAUUCUAAGCAGAGUUGCAUCCUCCUAAGCCAGGGGUCAGUAGUGUCCUGAGAAAGAUUUAGGAGACAGCUGCACUCUUUUCAUUGUUAUGGUAAAGUACGUAAAGGUGCAAGCACUGAGUCAUUACUGACUCAUGUGGGGGACGCUGCAUCACAACGUCUUCCUGGCAGACUUUUGUUACGGGGUGGUUUGCCAUUGCCUUCCCCAGUCAUCUAUAUCAUUACGGUAGCAGGUUGUAAACCUAUGGAAAAGUACCUUUCAUUGCACUAGUAAAUAUUUUAAGUGUUUAAAGUAAAAUGUUUAAAGCUAGGGUCUGCAGCCUUGCACAAUUAAGGAGCCAAACUACGUCAAAAUUCAAAGCAGGAGAUCAGCAAAGAGCUUGUAUAAGUGAGCCUUUUAUGUUAACUGAAAAUAUACAAUUUAACAUUACUGAUAAUCAGCAUGUCGAUUAAUAACCCAUAAACUGUGCAACCCAAACGCUCGUGGUUGCAAGAAAAUGAGACACACACACACAAGGUCUCACAAUAAGCAAUAAAUAUGCAUAGGCGCACCCUGCACCAUUGCUUUAGUGCACUGGCAUAAGUUCUGUGCAUGGUUCACCCUUGAAUUACUGGCAGCUAUUCACUUCUCUCAUUUUCCUUUCUGUGAAGCAUCUCUGAGACGCCCCAUUAAAAGUCUUUGCCUGCCAUUCCCUUCAUAUAAUGGUUAUUCUAGCAUCCAAUCCACCCCUCCAAUGUACCUUAAAAGAUUUCUUUAUUUCUACGCUGAAGCUCAUUUAGCUCUGGAGUCACAGGUUGCAGAUCCCUGGUUUAAGGGUAACCUAUUCCUGGCUUACAACAGACUAUUAACAUCUUAAGUAGCAAAGCAUUGUUCCAGACUCCACUGCUCAUACCACAUGGAUUUAGUCCUCCUAGCCUCCAGUCUUGCACCGUGGUUAUAUUUUGUGAUGGUGUAUUUUGCUUUUUUCUUGUUGAUUUCAUGCGCUUGAAAGUGUUUUUGUUAAUUAAAUUAAAGCAUUGGGAGGAAAACAUAGGGCCUAACACUCUUUGCAAAACUACUGCACAUUCCAAAAUAGCCACAAGGAAGGGAGCACACAACAGAUGUAUCAGAACAGUAUUGAACAAAAGGAAUCCCGUUGCCUGUUAGCACUUUUGCCUUUAAUAUUGUGCGAUGUGUAAAUUGUGGGCAAACAAAUUAAUUGGGCACACUGUCUGGGUAGGUCUGAGGAUUGCAGCCGUUCUGCUCAGCCCCAAGGUGGUCCUCCUGGCCUCUUGUAUCCCUGUGUUUUGUUUUACUUUGGCAAAUGCAGAUGACACUAACCAAUCCUACAUGGUUAAUAUUUCUGGCAAAUGUGUUGCUUGAGUUGAAUGUUGUGAACAGCAGCUGAACACUGGAGGGGGGGGGGGAAUCAAAUACAAUAUCCUGAUUUUUAAUAAACAGUUGCUGAAAUAAUAUCUAGCUCUGUUUGUAAUUCUGCUCUCCUGUAGUUUUGAUUUCUAUAGUCAGAGGGAAACCUUAACCAGCAAUACCCAUUAUGUAGGAGGGUUCUCCUUUGGAACACUAGCAACUAUGUAAGUGCAGCUCGUAGAAUUGUUAAGUUAGUGUUAACAUGAUGAAAUCAUGCUUUCUGUAUCUCUUUGGGGUGGUGUUGAACUAGAUAACUGUCUGUGGAAGGUACAGCGUUCGUCUUUCUAAGAUAGUUUUUGAAUCCAUCCAAUGAAACUUCAUACGUAGGGUCCUUUCUGCUGCUUAUAUAGAGAGAACCCCCUCCACCUCGUCAUACAGAGUUUGAUUUAAACCAUGUUUUCUUUGGGAGAAACUUCAGCUUUUUGAAGGGGGAGAAGUAAGGGGGCAUUAACAUAACUGAGUGUCACCAACAUUCUGGUUUGGAUUUAUGAGUGUAAGCUGCUGGAUGUAAUAGGUAUAAUCUCUGAAUAUAGAUACAUAGGUAUCUUUGAAGGUCUGCAUAGUUCCUUCAGUUGCAAGGCACACAUUAGUGUAGUAAGCAGCUGAUGGUUGCUGCUGAACCUAUUCACUGAACAGGAAGGCUAAGGGUUGGGGUUUUUUUUUUGCUCAUGCACAAUUAAAGAUUUGCACAGAUUUCAAAGAAGAAAUGCGAUCUGUGCUUGGCAUUGGCAUGGGAUCGCCGAGGUUUGGGAGUCUUGCGCCUUUUGUAAUACAAAGGGGGUUGUGAUGGAUUGUGGAAGUCACCUGUUGCAGGGAAGGAUGCCGUUCUGUUAUAGAUUCCAUACUGUAUUGGACUGUAUGUUGUGACCUGUUCUGACCUGUGACAAAGAUGUACAUGAUCUAUGCUGUACUACCGAAAUGAAAUAUAUUUUGCUAUCUAUGAAA